CUCCGCGGUUCGCAUGGCGCUCUGAAGACGCCGGCGCCCGCCGCCUUGAGGAGCCGCUGCCCCCGCUCCCUGAAGAUGGGGGAACAAUGAAAUAAGCGAGAAGAUUCCUCUUCUCCCCCCUCUCUCUCUUGCCCCCCUCCCCCCCCUCCCCUCCCCUCUCCCCUUGACUCCUCUCCGAGGCACCAUGCUGACCCGCCUGUUCAGCGAGCCCGGUCUCCUCUCGGACGUGCCCAAGUUCGCCAGCUGGGGCGACGGCGACGACGACGAGCCGAGGAGCGACAAGGGCGACGCGCCGCCGCCGCCGCCGCCGCCUCCGCCGGGGCCCGGGGCUCCCGGGCCCGCCCGGGCUGCCAAGCCAGUCCCUCUCCGUGCAGACGAGGUGCCGGAGGCCGCGCUGGCCGAGGUCAAGGAGGAAGGCGAGCUGGGGGGCGAGGAGGAGGAGGAAGAGGAAGAGGAGGAAGGGCUGGACGAGGCAGAGGGCGAGCGGCCCAAGAAGCGCGGGCCCAAGAAGCGCAAGAUGACCAAGGCGCGCCUGGAGCGCUCCAAGCUGCGGCGGCAGAAGGCAAACGCGCGGGAGCGCAACCGCAUGCACGACCUGAACGCGGCGCUGGACAACCUACGGAAGGUGGUGCCCUGCUACUCCAAGACGCAGAAGCUGUCCAAGAUCGAGACCUUGCGCCUGGCCAAGAACUACAUCUGGGCGCUCUCGGAGAUCCUGCGCUCCGGCAAGCGGCCCGACCUGGUGUCCUACGUGCAGACGCUGUGCAAGGGUCUGUCGCAGCCCACCACCAACCUGGUGGCCGGCUGCCUGCAGCUCAACUCGCGCAACUUCCUCACGGAGCAGGGCGCCGACGGCACGGGCCGCUUCCACGGCUCGGGUGGCCCGUUCGCCAUGCACCCCUACCCGUACCCGUGCUCGCGCCUGGCGGGCGCACAGUGCCAGGCGGCGGGCGGCCUGGGCGGCGGAGCGGCGCACGCCCUGCGGACCCACGGCUACUGCGCCGCCUACGAGACGCUGUAUGCGGCUGCGGGCGGCGGCGGCGCGAGCCCGGACUACAACAGCUCCGAGUACGAGGGCCCGCUAAGCCCCCCGCUCUGUCUCAAUGGCAACUUCUCACUCAAGCAGGACUCGUCGCCCGACCACGAGAAGAGCUACCAUUAUUCUAUGCACUACUCGGCGCUGCCCGGCUCGCGGCCCACCGGCCACGGGCUGGUCUUCGGCUCGUCGGCUGUGCGCGGGGGCGUCCACUCGGAGAAUCUCUUGUCUUACGAUAUGCACCUUCACCACGACCGGGGCCCCAUGUACGAGGAGCUCAAUGCGUUUUUCCAUAACUGAGACCUCGCGCCUGCCCCUUUCUUUUUCUUUUGCCUUUGCCCGCACCCCUGCCCCCAGACCCCCUCCCAGCGCAAGGGGACCCCCCACCUAUCCUGGCGCCGGGCGCGGGGAGCGGGCCGCCGGUACUGACCCUCUCUUGGGCAGGGCAGUCCUCUUACCUGUGGGUGGCCCGUCCCAGGGGCCUCGCUUCCCCCAGGGGACUCGCCUUCUCUCUCCCCAAGGGGUUUCCUCCUCUUUCCCAGGGGUGGUUCUCCAGGGACCCAUCUUUGGGCACUCCCUGGAGACCACCCCACAUUCCCUAAUCCCUACACCUAGGUUUCCUCCUCCCCUUCCCCCCUGCAGGCCCAAAGGCAUUGGCAAGGGGGCAGCUGAGCUGUGGGAUACUGUUUUCCCCCUAUUGUUGUGUCGUCGUUGUUAUUAUUAUUAUUAUCAUCAUCGUUAUUAUUAUCAUUAUUAUUAUUAUUAUUAUAACAGACACCGAGCUGCCGAGGCAGAAAGGAGCCGGGCGCCCCCUCUUUCUUGAAGAGGGCAUAAGUCAGGGCGCCUGAGUCUGGACCUGGAACGCCCUCGCCCCAACCCCUAGUCUCAGCGUUUUGUGAGUUUAAUUUUGGCGGGAGGAAGUGUGGAUUGAGAGGAAAGAGAGAGGCCAAGACAAUUUGUAACUAGAAUCCGUUUUUCCCUUUUCCUUUUUUUAAACAAACAUACAAAAAAAAAAAAAAAAAAAAAAAAGCUGAGAGGCGACGGAGGCCGAACGCAGAGUCCGGAUCGGAGAGAAAACGCAGUAAGAACUUUUAGAAGCAAUAAAAGGCAAAAAAUACUACUACCAAUAAUAAAAAGACACAAAUAUCUAUGCAAGGAGGUUCUGACAGAGCCUAGCGGCCCGGCCCGGCCCCGGGAUGCCCCUCCCGGCCCGCGGGCCGCGCCGCCCAAGCGCGGAUCUGUGCACUUUGGUGAAAUGGGGGCCGGCGCCGCCCCCUCCCCUCCCCAGGUUCUUACAAUCAGUGACUCGGAGAUUUGGGGCCCCAGUGCCACUGCCCUCCCCCGCCCCGUCCCCAUUGUGCGUCAUGCUGUUUUUUAAAAACCUGUUUCCAAAUUUGUAUGGAAUGGCAAACUGUUGGGGGGGUCGGUUUGGGGAGGGAGGGUUUGCAUGAGAGACACACACACGCACACCACACCGCACGCACACGCAAGGCCCCGCGCGGGCGUCUGGGGGCAGAGGGAAGAGAGUUCGCCGAACCCUCGCUCCCCGCAGGCAAUCCUCAUCCCGGGUUGAGGGUGGAGACCUAGACCUAGGGCCAGCCCCGCCCCUGCCCAAAUGUGCCUCGGUGGGCGCAAGGCGCCCGGCGAUUUCCGGUGGCUGGAGAGGUUUUUUGUUGUUUUGUUUUUGUUUUUGUUUUUGUUUUUGUUUUGUCUGAGGCGUCCUCUUGGCUCUGGCUAGCAGGUGGGCAGGGAGAGGGCUGAGGGCUCUUUCUGGAAGUUUCCCAGAGAAAGGGGCAAAAGGAGAACAUCUCCCCACCGGAGGCAGGAGAUCAGGCAUCCAAACACACGAUGCAAAAAAUGCAAACCCACAGGCGACACACCCACACACUUACCCACACACUCACACGCAAUUUUACCUUCCUCUUGUAGAGAAGAUGAAACUCCCGUCGGACACCCGAAGUGCAUUGCGUGUUUCUGUUCAGUUUAAUGACGAUUAAUAAAUAUUUAUGUAAAUGA